UCCCCCUCCCAUCAGAGAACUGUACAAGUUCUCCUCGCGCUUGCCGCGCAUCAGUUCGGCGCGAAGCGAGCGGCAGUUCUCUGACAGGAGCCAUCAGGUCCAGUCUUACUGAGGUCUGAUUCACAGCGGUUUGCGAUUCUUCUUCAACGAAGGCUUUUUUUGCUCCGUGUCUUUGAAAGUGAAUACCACGCGACAUUGAUCCGCUCGUGAGGAACAUUAUGAGUGUCAUAACAUUAUUGUCUGAAGACAUGUAAACCUGUUCUGUCGAGACGUUUGUUUCUAUGUGAUGUGUUUCACGUGCUCGCGCACCACAGAGAUGUAGUUUGACUCUUUCUCGUGGACCGUUAAAUGCCCGGGAUUUGGAUGAUCUUCCACACGGUGGAUGCGGAGGGGGGAAAGACCGUUCUGUGAACACCGGCAGCGGUGAAGAAAACAUGAAGUGUCUCAGUUUCCGAAAGUGGAGCUCUUGGAUUAUUCACUCGGAGAUGAUUUUUCUGCCGAUUCUUUGGUUUCUAUGCCAAACUCGGGCGGCCCCGUCUAUAACAACCGAGCAGAUGGAUAUGGGGGUGGAUUGGCUGAGCAAAUAUGGGUACCUCCCGCCCUCUGAUCCCGUGAAUGGACAGUUACAGACUAAGGAAGCACUGACCAAAGCCAUUAAAGCCAUGCAGAGGUUUGGAGGCCUAGAGGAAACUGGAGUUCUGGACCAAGCAACCUUGGGUUUAAUGAAGACCCCACGGUGCUCGCUGCCCGACAUGUCGGAGCCAGAUAUGUCAGCAGGUCGAAAAAAGCGAGCGCUGCCUCCUCAGACCAAGUGGAACAAGAGGCACCUUUCCUGGAGGGUGAGGACGUUUCCUAAGGAGUCAGCGCUUCUGGGACGUGACACUGUCCGUGCGCUGAUGUACUACGCCCUGAAGGUGUGGAGUGACAUCGCCCCACUCAAUUUCCAUGAGGUGGCAGGCAACGAGGCCGACAUCCAGAUUGACUUCACCAAAGCGGACCAUAAUGACGGCUACCCUUUCGAUGGACCCGGUGGCACGGUAGCCCACGCCUUUUUUCCUGGAGAACGAUUUACAGCCGGUGACACACACUUUGAUGAUGACGAGGCCUGGACCUUUAGGUCACCAGAUUCACACGGGAUGGAUCUGUUCGCUGUAGCCGUGCACGAGUUCGGUCACGCUAUUGGGCUCGCUCACGCCUCCACCAUUGAAUCCAUCAUGCGUCCGUACUACCAUGGGCCGGUGGGCGACCCGCUGAAGUACAACCUCCCGUAUGAGGACAAGGUUCGGGUUUGGCAGCUUUACGGUGUUCGGGACUCAGUAUCGCACACAGUCCAACCUGAUGACCCCUCCCAAACAGCCGAACCUCCCGUCCUGCUUGACCUCCCGGAAAACCGAUCCACGAUCCCACCUGCCCGCGACGCCCCUGACCGAUGCACCACUCACUUUGAUGCUGUUGCCCAGAUUCGAGGGGAGGCUUUCUUUUUCAAAGGGAAGUAUUUUUGGCGUCUGACACGGGAGAAGCACUUGGUGUCACUACGGCCAGCUCAGAUUCAUCGGUUCUGGAGGGGUCUGCCUGCCAACCUGGACAGUGUGGAUGCUGUUUACGAAAGACCCGGAGACCACAAAAUAGUCUUCUUUAAAGGAGGGAAAUAUUGGGUGUUCAAGGACAAUAAUGUCGAGGAAGGCUAUCCACGGCUUGUCAGUGACUUUGGCCUUCCCAUGGAAGGGGUGGACGCAGUGUUUGUCUGGCUGCACAACGAGAAGACGUACUUCUUCAAGGACUACCAGUACUGGCGUUACGACGACCAUUUGCGACGGAUGGACCUCGGAUACCCAAAAGACACGGCGCUCUGGAAGGGAAUCCCACCACAAUUGGACGAUGCCAUGCGAUGGUCUGAUAGUGCAUCGUAUUUCUUCAAGGGAAAGGAGUACUGGCGAGUUGCGGGCAGCGAUAUGGAGGUGGAAGCAGGUUAUCCGCGUCCCAUCGGCAAAGACUGGCUGGUGUGUUCCGAAAUGCAGUCGGACUCUCCGGAGACACAGAAUAACUCAAACACCAGGCUCCACGACCAGCAUCACGCGGACCAUGCGGAAAAUGGCUACGAGGUGUGUUCGUGCACUUCGGACUCUGCCUCGCCGCUGGGGUUGAGGCUCACUCUCUCGCCCGCUUGGGUGUUAGCGCCGCUUUGGACGCUGGCGCUCUCUCUCUCUGCUCCUCUCUGAUGAGGGCAGAGCCACAGGCCUGUACUCAAAAACACUGUAGGACGGAAGUAGACGGCAGCCUGUGGUUGAAGGGAGCAACGAGAGGAUUAGGUUCAGCCUUUAGUCAGCCGGAGUGAUGGAAUGGCGUCAACACUUCGAUCAACGAAAUGAUUGGCUCGCAUCGUUCUGUUUGUUUUUAUUUUAACUGGAAAAUUCUACAUUGUUUUGUGUUUAAAAAAUGUAUAAUUUUUGAAUAUCGCUAGGUAACACCAGCAUUUUGAGGCAUUGCUAGGCCCAGUAAUUAUUAUGAUCAUAGUUAUAAUGAAACUUAGAAAUUAUUUGUGAUAUUGCUAAUGCAGAAAUGAAUGGGGCUCUCUAUUGGCUGACGUUUAAAGGCAUCAUGGAGUACCAUGAGUCACAAUCUUAACCUUUCCUCACUUCAAGUGCUUUAAAAAUCCAGUCAUUUGUUCUUUAUUUGGCACUUUUGGGCUGUUUUCUUACUAUAAGCAUAAUCCUUUAAGCAUUCUACAGGUUGUUUAUUAUACAUCUGUCCUGCUCUCUGAUCUGUUCCAAAUGCCUAAGCAAUUAUUCUCCUCUUCAAUAUUGACUGUAUUUUUGUAAUCACGGCAUUACAGAUAUCAUCGCUCUAAGUCUAUGACUGUUUUAUAAUAAACCACUGUUGUUUAGUUCAUGGGCAUGCUUUACGCUGGAUUCACAACGUCAGGAUCACAGCUGAAUAUAUUUUACAGGAGGUUUGUUUAUGAAGGGAUCACUCUUUUUUUCUCUAUUUUAUCUCUUGGUACUGUUUUUCUGAUUUACAUUUUUCCGAUAAGAGAGCGGAGGACAAGAAAUGCAGACUGGGAGGACGUUUGACUCAUUUCCUGGACUGCUGGAAGUGCACUCAGAUCAUAUUGGGACAAAAUGCUUAUAUACUAUAUAUAAAACAUAUACAUAUAUAUAUUUAAGGUAAAAACUUGAGUUGCAAAAAAUGUAAAUUCUGAUCUGUCUUUUAUAUGGUGAAAUAUUUUUGUAGAAAAAUAAAGAGGAGUGGGCAAGCUUG